GGAAAUGGAAAUGGAUCGAAUUGUACAGGAAAUUGGAGGAGUGAUGAUAAGUAUGGUGGGAUUUUAUGCUCAUUCACGCUUCCUGAGAUGGAUAAACAACAACUCGGAGAAGGAGAGAAGUAGGCUCUACUACGUAGAUUCGCAGUUCAUCGAUUUCAUGGAGCACAUGGGAGACUUUUAUAACUUUACUCACAUGGCGAUUUGGACAAGAAAGGAAAUGCUUUUACCGAAGAGGUCUUCCACAUUAUUUCAUAGAAUUUGUAGCUUUCUAUUUCGUAAAAGAUAUCUCAAUACUGAACAUUUGGCGUUCAUCGCACGUGGAACUGCAAAAUUCACUGGUGAAGAAAAGCACUCAUACUUCAUAGCCCAGUUUGAGUACGAUGACUUUAUCUCUAACGAAGAAAAAUCUAUCGAUAACGAAGGGACAGAGGGAUAUAAAGAAUCCAAACCUUUCCUAGCUUUAUUCACCGAUGAUAAGAAGAUGGCAGCAUUGAGCAUUGUACCAUCCCCUGACUUAGACGUUUGGGUCAGUCAAAAGUUCAAACUGACAAAUGAGGAGAAAGGAAUUAAACAGUUUGUAUACAAAGAUAAAGAAUUAGUCAGUGGGAAAUUAAUAGAAGAAGAGUGGAAUAAGAUGGGUAAACCGAUGAAGCUUAGGGAACUCAAUGACUGCAUUUAUAGCACUUUUUGCUCCGGUAAAAAAUACGAUGUGCUAGACAACAACUGCCUUCACUUUGUAAGGGAAUUGUGGAAAGUAACUCUGGGCGACCCGCUGACGAACGAAACUGUGACGACCCUAAAGGACUAUGAAGAGAGGGGAAAACAAAUCGCAACAAAUCGUUUUUGCUCAAUAGAUGAGGAAUAUCCCCGCGUUAUGUCCCUUCCUGUACCCCAAAACAUAUACGUCGACAAUUAUUCACAUAAAGAAUAUGAAGAUCCUCGUAUUGGAGACAAUAUUCGAAAACGAGAUAAUAUCGAGGCUGCGAUUAGGGUGUACCGUUCUUUGGAGAGAUUGAAGAAGUAUAUGAUCGUUUUGAACAAGUUUAAAUGUAACCUGGACUUUGAUAUCAAGAAAACACCUGCUAAUGUUUGGACAGAGUGCGAUUUUUUGAUUAUCACUGAUGAACAUUUUGUUGUGGUAGAGGUAAAGAACACGACAAUAGACGGAAAUAUGGUCGAUGCGUUUAAAAAUUCUUUAAUUCAAGGAGAUAAGGUCAGAAAACUCAUACAAUCCAUUUAUCCCCAGGCAUCUGUUCUUCUCUUCACCGCUUUUCCUAGCAUGUCCUCCUUAACUAAAGUUACUGAAGUACAGAGAGAAUCAAUUAUUUUCAGUGAAGAUCUUGAUGAUUUUGCUAAAUGGUGGCAGCAUAAUGUGCCACAAAAUAUUCUUCACAAUAUCCUUCACAUCACAACUCUGAGCACGAAAGAGUGAAGCAUAUAUUGUUAGCAAUAUCGUGUCCCGAGUUGAACGUACCUGACGAAACAAGAUUCAGUUUAAGAGUUUAGUAGAGAAUGUGAUGAAAAUAGACAAAGAAUUAAUGGAGGGAGCAAUCACUUUGGAGCAGAAUCACAAAAUGAAGUUAAAGCCUAAAGUUAAACAGAGCAUUAAUCCCGAUUUGGUUAAAGCUCCUACAGACAUAAGUAAAUAUUUGGGGGUCAAAUAUCUUACACAUGAGCAGAACGACAUUUUUGGUUCAACGGAAAAUCUUCUAUUGAUAAACGGUCCUGCUGGGAGUGGGAAAACGAUGCUACUAGCAGGGAAGAUGCUCCGACUCGCCAAGACAGAUCCAGAGAAAAAAUCGCUGCAUUAACUGGACCUAACAGUAGUAACAUAUAUCAGAGUGCAUGUGGUAGAGCAGGAAUGAAAUAUGAAGUUUUUUCGACAGACUGUAAUGCUACUCCCUUGCACAUGGCCGAACUUAUCACAAACAGUAAUAAGAAUGUAGUGAUAGUAGAGAUGAGUGGUGUUUAUAUUGAAGUGUUCACUAACAUACUCAGUUUACUAAACAACUGUAACGUGAUUGUUGAUGAUAUUCAACGAGUGUUAAACAAUAGCAGAGAUGGUAUUAAUAAAUUAUUAGACAAGCUCAACGUGUUAUCAGCUGAUAAUACCGUUUUAGUGGCAUUAGAUUUAGUACAGGGAUAUAAUUAUUGUCUAAAAGACAUAGUUUCCUUAUUUGCAGAAAAAAUAUCUUCAGAGCAUCUGGUGACAUUAAAACAUACAUCACGAAAUACGUUUGAAAUUUCCAACGUCUUAUCGGUUAUUAGAAGGGAAUUUGAUGACAUCUCACCCAUUUUCGCACCCAUGAUGAGAAUAGGGCACUAUAUUCAUGGCCCCAUGACAGUAGUGCAUGUGCUUGAGAAAUAUGAUGAUGAAUUAAUUCGUGAAAUUUUUGAAAGAGAAUUGUCUUGUCUUCGUGCAAAUGAAGAUUUAGACUGCUCUUAUGUUGCAGUUAUUCAUGAUUUAUUCAACAGUACUGAUGUGUUGAAAUCGACUAAUUUUAGGAAAUAUGAGAAAAGGUACUAUGGCGAUUGUUAUUCUGCAGAAUGGCCUGCAGUAAUUGCAUUACAUGAAAUGCGGCCCAGAGAGCCUUUUGAUAUGAGUUUGGCCAAGAUCUAUCUAGCUAUGUCUAGGGCACGGGUUAAGUGUUCUCUCUUGUUAUACCCAGCGAAAGGUAAAAGAUUUGGAGAUUGUGAUGACCCUUACAAACAAUUGUUAAAUAAAUUGGAACUUCAUGCUCGCAUAAUGUACUAUUGAUUUUGUGUUAACGUUAAAACUAAAAGUCAACCCUACUGAUUAUAGAUAAUAACUGCAUUAUGCAUAUUUUUUACCAGAUAUGAAUUUUUUUCAACUACGGAUUAGUUGAAUCGUUAACAUAUUACGUAAGCCAAUUUUCGACCAUUUUAGAGACACAUCCCCCCCCCCCCCCUUCUCUCUACGUAAUAUGUUAACGAUCCCUUGCGGAAUCGAUAGUUAUACGUACAACUAUAAAUAAUUUGUGUUAUGUUUUAAACCAAAACCCGAAAUUGGGUAGAGUUGACCGUC